UCUCUAAGCUUCUAUUUUCUUAUUGGAAAAUGAGGACCAUCAUAUGUACUGUAUCUCCAGGUGGUUGUGAGGAUGAAAGAGGAUAAACAUGUAAGAUACUUAUUAUACUGCCUGGCAGGUGGUAAGCACUUGAUUGGUGUCAGUUAUUUUUUGCUCAGAUCAUUCUCAAGAGAAGCAGGGCUUUCUUAGAAUCAAUGCAAAUCAUAACAAACAUUUCUCAUUCAUCCUAUAAUUAAUUUUUUAAAUGAGUUUUUAAACGAUGCUAGUAAUGCUCAGGAGUGUGGGAAAAAAGUGGGCAUCAUGGUCAAAUGAUGGUACAAUUUGAUAAAAUCAUUUGGAAAGCAGUGGGAAUAUGUGUCAGGAGUUUCAGAAAUGCCAGUUACUUUAUUUCACAAAUGCACAUCAGAAAAUUUUCUCUAGGAAAUAAUGCAGAAAAUAUGAAGAAAUAGCAUUAUUUAUAAUAGUGACAAUAUUAGAACUUUUUAUAAUGAAGAAAUUUAACAUAUACACAAAAGUAAAAUAAUGAGCCCCCACAUCCCCAUUAUCCAGCUUCGGCAGUAAUCAAUAUUUGGCUAUAUAUUUUUUUUUUUUUUUUGAGACAAAGUUUCCCUCUGUUGACCUGAGUAGAGUGCCAUGGUGUCAUUGCUUAGAGCAGUGGUUCUCAACCUUCUUAAUGCUGUGGCCCUUUAAUACAGUUCCUCAUGUUGUGGUGAGCCCCAAUACCAUAAAAUUAUUUUCGUUGAUAAUUUUAUGGUUGAGGGUCACCACAACAUGAGGAACAUGUAUUUGAGGCAUUAGGAGGUUGAGAACCACUGGCUUAGAGCAAUCUCAAAAUCUUGAGCUCAAGAGAUCCUCUUGCCUCAGCCUCCUGAGUAGCAUGGACUACAGGCAGGCAACACCAGGCCGGCUUUAUUUAUUUAUUUUUUUCAGUAGAGAUAGGGACUUGCUCUUGCUCUUGCUCUUGCUCAGGCUAGUCUCUAACUCCUUAGCUCAGGCAGUCUUCCCACGUUGGCCUCCCAGAGUGUUAGGAUUACAGGCAUAAGCCACCACACCUAGCCUGCCCAUCUUGUUUUCAUGAAAAUUCUUAAACCUACUAAGUGUCAAAAACUGGGAGAACAGUUGAUUAAAUUGGGAUAUGUUUAUUUAGAAUGCUAUGAAGCUUUAAUUUGUUUGUGUUUUUGUUUUCUGACAGUACUUGUUCUGUCACCCAAGUGGAGAGAGCACCUGGUGUAAUCAUAGCUCACUGCAGCCUCGAACUCCCAAGGGCAUAUAAUCCUUCUGCCUCAGCCUCCCCAGUAGCUGGGAAUAUAGGCACUGCUAUCAUAGUCAGCUAAUUUUUCUAUUUUUUAUAGAGAUAGGGCUCUCACUUUGAUGUUCAGGCUGAUCUUGAACUCUUGGUCUCAAGCAAUCCUUCUGCCUCAAAAUCCCAAAGUGCUUGAUACAGGUAUGAGCCACCAUGCCUGGCCAGAAUGCUCUGAAGCUUUUAAAGUAAUACAGAAUUAUAUACAUGAUAUUAUCACAACAAUGAAAAUCCAAAAACUAACAUCUAAUUUAUGUGUAGAAAAAAAGACAAGAGGGAAGUACAGUAAAAUACUAACUAGUUGCCCUUUAGUGAUGGUUACCAUGGAUAAUUCCCCCCUUAUAUUUUUAGAUGUUUUGUAAAUAUUCCAUAAAAAUCAUGUAUCAUUGUUAUAAUAAUGAAACAACAAACACAAUCCAAAAAUACUACACCUGAACUAAGCAUGAUAGAAUGUUUCAGAGUUAGUUCAGUGAUAUUGAGAAUAAAUUUGCUUUAACUUCCCUUGAUCUAUUUAUAUUUGCAGCCUAUGUUUAUAUUAGCAUUCUCAUCUGCUACCUUACGUUGAACUUUUUAUGGUCAGGUAACACAUCCAGAUCUUUUUUUUUUUUUUUUUUUAGUUUUUGGCUGAGGCUGGAUUGGAACCCACCACCUCCAGCACAUGGGGCCAGCGCCCUACUCCUUGAGCCACCAGCGCCACCCCACAUCCAGAUCUUUAAUCAACUGUCCUCUAUGUGGAAGUGAUUUAACUUUGAAAUUUUAGACCCCUCAUUUUGACCCUUCUCAGGGCAGAGCAAGUUUUUCUGUCACGGGAUUAUUCCUCCCCACCUUCCAUUCCUUCUUUUCUUUCUUCCGCAAACAUGCAUUUACACAUUCUUCCUAAAAUAACCAUUUCUAACAAUUCAAGUAAAGCAGUUUUAUCACAAUUGGGGAGGGAGGCUUGAAUGGACUGUAAUGAGAUCAGACCAAAAUUUUAUUCUGCUCUUGGUUGAUGAAUCAGAGCUACCUUUUAAGCUGAUGAUGUAGUACAUUUAAUACAGUUAAGGGAAGGGUCCCUUUCCAAGAAAAUGUAUAAAUAAGAUAUGUUUCAAAUCAGUUUGUGAAGAAACUUUGUUUCCUAGGUAUGCAAAGAAGCCUUUUCACCCAAAUGUGAAAUAAUAAUUGUAGAGAUAAUAUGGAUCAGUCCGGAGUUCUCCUCUGGGUGAAAGCAGAACCCUUUAUAGUGGGUGCCUUACAGGUCCCCCCUCCAUCCAAGUUUAGUCUUCACUAUCUCAGGAAGAUAUCCACCUAUGUACGAACUCGGGCCACAGAGGGAGCUUACCCACGCCUCUACUGGUCUACAUGGAGGCACAUCGCAUGUGGGAAGCUGCAGUUGGCUAAGGACCUGGCGUGGCUUUACUUCGAAAUAUUUGAUAGUCUUUCGAAGAAGACACCUGAGGAACGGCUGGAAUGGUCUGAGGUUCUCUCCAACUGCAUGUCUGAGGAUGAAGUUGAAAAGCAGAGAAAUCAGCUUUCAGUGGACACCCUACAGUUUCUACUCUUCUUACACAUUCAGCAGCUAAAUAAGGUCUCCUUGAGGACAUCUUUGAUUGGAGAAGAAUGGCCUAGUCCCAGAAACAGAUCUCAGUCUCCUGACCUGACUGAAAAGUCCAGUUGUCAUAGUAAGAACUGGAAUGAUUACAGUCACCAAACUUUUGUCUGGGAUCAUCUGUCAGAUCUCCUUGAGCUGCUUUUAGAUCCAGAGCAGCUCACUGCAUCAUUUCAUUCAACCCAUAGUAGUUUAGUGUCGCAAGAAGCUGUUGUGGCACUCAGCUUUCUUAUUGAAGGUACAGUAAGUAGAGCCAGGAAAAUCUAUCCACUUCAUGAACUUGCACUGUGGCAACCACUGCAUGCAGAAAGUGGCUUCUCAAAGAUCUCUAAGACUUUCUCUUUCUACAAGCUGGAAGCCUGGUUGAGAUCCUGUUUGACUGGGAAUCCAUUUGGUACAUCUGCUUGCCUCAAAUCUGGAAAGAAAUUGGCUUGGGCUCACCAAGUUGAAGGGACAACCAAAAGAGCUAAGAUUGCUUGUAACACUCACGUGGCCCCGAGGAUGCAUGGCAUGGUGGUGAUGAGCCAGGUCUACAAGCAGACGUUGGCCAAGAGCUCAGAUACUCUGGUGGGGGCGCAUGUCAAGAUUCAUCGUUGCAAUGAAUCCUUUAUAUAUCUGCUUUCUCCCUUACGAUCUGUGACAAUUGAGAAGUGCAGGAAUAGCACCUUUGUCUUGGGCCCUGUAGAGACUAGUCUUCACCUCUACAACUGUGACAAUGUUAAAGUCAUUGCUGUUUGCCAUCGUUUGUCUGUCUCUUCUACCACCAGUUGCAUCUUUCACAUUCUGACACCUACACGUCCACUUAUUCUCUCCAGGAACCAGACAGUAACUUUUGCCCCCUUUCAUACCCAUUACCCAAUGCUAGAGGACCAUAUGGCCAGGGCAGGGCUUGCUACAGUGCCUAACUAUUGGGACAAUCCAAUGGUUGUAUGCAGAGAGAACAGUGACACUAGUGUCUUCCGGCUCUUACCACCUUGUGAAUUCUAUGUAUUUAUUAUUCCCUUUGAAAUGGAAGGGGACACCACAGAGAUACCUGGGGGUCUUCCAUCUGUGUAUCAAAAAGCACUUGGACAAAGAGAGCAGAAGAUACAAAUCUGGCAGAAAACUGUAAAGGAAGCUCGUUUGACAAAGGACCAAAGGAAGCAGUUCCAGGUACUUGUAGAGAACAAGUUUUAUGAAUGGCUGAUUAAUACAGGACAUCGCCAACAGCUGGACAGCCUUGUCCCUCCUGCGGCAGGCUCCAAACAAGCAGCAGGAUAGGGACCCUCCGUCAAAACACUGGGCUCUGGAAACACAAGGAUGAAUGGAGGAUGGUGCUCAACUAAAUUGAGAAGGCACUCUUGCUGUUUAAGAGAUAUUGGAACAUCUUCUUCCUAUUUAAGACCUUUCUUUGAUUUCCCUUCCAUAUUCAUUUAUUACUGUUUAGGUUCAAUUUUAGCUAAACUUUUGACUUUCAUAUAAAGAUAUUAUUUAUAGAAUAUCAGAAGACCCAUCAUUUUGAUGCCAAAGUGAAAAAAUUGAUAAAGGCAGUCUUAUUGUAUAUAUGUUAAUAUUAAAGUGAUUGUAGAUUUGCAAGUCUACUGCAUAUUUUAAGUUUUACGAUGAAAGGAUUUCAUUCUUUCUAGAGUUAAAUAAGAGUUUUAUAGAUCUUUGUAACUAUUUAAAGGAGAUUGCUACUCCUGUUAAAAAAUAAUUGGAAUGAAAGUAUGAUUUAUUGGUACAUAAAUGUAGUAGAAAAUUUUAUGUGGAGAUAUCUUAGUCCUUAAAGUAUGAAGCUUAAUGAACAUGUGUAAAAAUCUUUAUUUUUCCUUUUGUUUCAAAUUUUCAAUAAAUGAACUAAAGAGUAAUUUUUUUCCUUUUGAAAAAAAGAUUAAGUUUUAAUUUUAGAAAAGGUUUCCAAUGUCAUUCUGUAAAGUUGACAUUCUUUCAAUGUCAUAUCAAAGUAAAGUUUACAUUUGAUUGGGAAAGCUCUGUUCUUGAACAUAAAGGAAAGUAUUUAUCAAAUUAGUGAAAUGAAUCAGAUCACUAAUAAACAUUGUUUCAUAUACUCACUAGCCAUUUAAUUAGUAAUUAUAUCAAAAAGGGCUUGCUCUCAUUAUUUCUAAGUAAAAAUUAUCUCUCAAAAUAUUAAUUCUAAUUGAAGUUUUCAUAGCUUUUAUUUUAAGAUGAAAUUUAAACAAGCAGAGUAUUGCCAAAUAAAUGCUAGAGUUAUAGAAGUAUAUUCUGGAAAUUACUAUUUAAUAAUGAAAUUAAUGGUAUUAAUCAGAUACUUUCUUUAAAUUUUAUAAAAUUUAGAUAACUAAGUAUACAGUUUAAUACUGUUUCCUUAUCAAAGCACAUUCACUAUUUUCUGAAUUGACCAUAAUAAAUCUUGGAGUUAUCCAGUUUAUAAAAAUAGUUGCUGAAGAGUUUUGUUCAUAGAAAGAUGAGGAAGUGGGACUUUUGAGAAGAAUAUAGUUGACCAAGAAAUUAAAAUGGAGUGUUGUUUCUUUGAGUUCGUAUAAGAUAUAAUCUCUUUCCUAAAGUCAGAGGUGUAUUAAUGGCCAAACAAUAUUCUCUGAACAUGUCCCAAUAUGAUAUCAUGGUCAAGAAAGACCACCUAGUGGGUAGCAAGUUGGACUUAGCUAAACCUUUGCAAAUUCAAGAGUCCUACAGUAAUUUUGUGUCUCUCUACAUACUAUGACACCCUUCUUGUAAUUAGAACUCUUUCUUUUUAAAUUUGUAUUUUGAAAGAAUUUCUUUUCUUUUUUUUUUUUUAUUGUUGGGGAUUCAUUGAGAGUACAAGAAACCAGGCUACACUGAUUGCAUCAGAAUAUAUCGGUGAACUCCCAUAUACUCUUUGUCUGCGUUCAUAUCUUUGUGAACAUGUUGCUACAUUGACUUUACCACUCUCUCUCUAUAAAACAGUAUUACUUUAUUUUUGUUCAACAGUGUCAGUGUAGGUUGGACCUUCAUUUCUAAAUAUGUUGGUAUGCAUCUCC